CAUAUUAUAUGCAAAUAAGGCUGUUUAUUAUUAUUCUUAUUAUUAUGUUCAAUAGUAUCCGUCUACACAAACAAAAGUAAAAUCAACCUUGUAAAUACAUUUAUUUCCUGCCUUAUUCGUGUAUGUUCUCCUGAAAAUCUCAUCAAUUUGAAUUUGUUACAUCUCAGACUCUGACUAUCAACGGUUCUCUGUUUGUUGAUGAACAGCAGAAAACAACAAAGACACCCAGUACCAGCCGGUGACCGUGAAGGCAGAACCCAUGGAGGUGGACCCGCCCCCGGCAGAACUCACCCCACCUGCACCUCACCUGCUAGCCUUCAGCACUUUGGGUGCAUGUGAAAAGAGUGAGCCAAAAGGAAGCCUGCCCGAGACAUUGGCCUGUCCCCAGAAGGAUCUCUUCUCCCAGGACAUAUCUGUCAAAAUGGCCUCUGAACUCCUGUUCAAAUUGUCAGAAAAAGUCAGCAAAUCUCACAACCACAAGGACAGUAAUAUGGUGGGAAUUAACAGUCCAUUCCUGGAUGAGUGCUUCAGACAAUCACCCUUUAACUCAUGCUCCAAGAGCUCCUCCCCGGCAGAGGCCACCUCCUCCACCAGGACAGCAUUUCACGACUCAGAGAAGGAUGAUGUCGAGCCAGGAAAUGGAAUUGCCCAGUGGAGACUAAAUGAACAGCUCUUCCCCUGUCCAGUCUGUGGCAAGGUGUUUGGUCGACAACAGACUCUCUCUCGACAUCUGGCUCUACACACAGAAGAACGGAAGUACAAGUGUCACCUGUGUCCUUACGCAGCCAAGUGCAAGGCCAACCUCAAUCAGCACCUGACCAUCCACUCUGUGAAGCUGGUCAACACCGACACUGAGCAGAUCGUCAGCGCUGUCACAGCCGACUCCACCGAGUGCAAGAACUGCCCGUACUACUACAGCUGCCAUGUGUGUGGUUUCCAGACGGAGCUGAAUGCUCAGUUUGUCAGCCACAUGUCGCUCCAUGUGGAUAAGGAGCAGUGGAUGUUCUCUCUCUGCUGCAGCGUCUGUGACUACGUCUGCAUGGAGGAGAACGACAUGAAGAACCACAUUAGCUCUGGGCACGCAGGUCUGACCUCAAGAAGUCCCCUCAGUGAGACUAAAAGCACCUCCUCGUCCCUCUCAGCCCUCAGCGAUUCACUCAACAGCUCCGAGGGUGGAGACAUUGGCCACAGUAACGAAGAACUCAAAAACAUGCUGGCCCCGCCCUCGUCAACAGGAAGUCAGUCCAGUUCCGGAAGCCACUCGGGAUCAGGGACCGAGGACAAGUCGGACAAAGGCAAGUGA